UCGCGCCCUGCUUAAAAUUAGGUAGGCGCCGCGACCCUUUUUAGUUUUUUCGGGGCCGGACCCACCUGCUAACCUCCCUCCCUCCCUCCAUCCUCCACGUACUACAAUACAAUGCCGGCCCUAGUAGUAGUGCGCGACAUGUCCCCGCGCCUCGCUGUUGUUGUUUCUUGAUUUCUUCUCUUUGCUUUUCGUCUUGUUUGUUGCUCCCCUCUUGGGUCUGAUUCGAAAUCGGUCAACGAGCAUUAUUGCGGCUCUUCUUGUUGUUGUUGUUCAUUCCAUGGUAAGGAGAGGACGCCGUAGCUAGCGCCCGCCUGCUGCUCAUCUUGUUCUUCGUCAAGGCGGCGGCCGCCUUGCUGCUCUGGUUUCCGGGAAGCCGCGGCGGUGCACGACCGCCGGGCCCAAUGCGCCCACGCCUUGCGCGCCAAGCUCGAGGCGGUGGGCUGGGUGAUGGUGCGGUUCCUCCGGCGGCACAGCCUUGACAAGAGCAACUCGCACAACCACCUACGGAAGGAGGAGCAAGAGAGCAACAGCUGUACGAAAAGCGGCACGGAGAUGCACGAGCCCGGUGGCAAUGGCGGCGGGGGUGCUCCCCCGCUGCCCAACGGCCGGACGCCGCCUCGCUCCCGUCUCGCGCGCGACGGACCACCCACAGAUUUGGACGUGAUGAAGGAGAGGUUUGCGAAGCUGCUGCUUGGAGAGGACAUGUCAGGGACCGGGAAAGGCGUGUCGUCGGCUCUAGCGCUGUCCAACGCCAUCACCAACCUGGCCGCCUCCGUCUUUGGGGAGCACCGCAAGCUGGAACCCAUGGCGCCGGACACCAAGGAGCGAUGGAAGAAGGAGGUCGGCUGGUUGCUGUCCGUCACCGACCACAUCGUCGAGUUUGUUCCGACAAGACAAACCGCCGAGAACGGCACUACCAUGGAGAUCAUGUCGACGGCGCAGCGUCGCGACCUGCAGAUGAACAUCCCCGCUCUGCGCAAGCUGGACGCCAUGCUCAUUGGUUACAUGGACAACUUCGUGGACCAAACCGAGUUCUGGUACGAGAAGGGCGGCGACAACAAGCGCGACGACGACAAGUGGUGGAUGCCGACGGUGAAGGUACCGGCGGAGGGCCUGUCGGAUGUGACCCGCAAGUGGCUGCAGUACCAGAAAGAGUGCGUGAACCAGGUGCUCAAGGCCGCCAUGGCCAUCAACGCGCAGGUGCUGGUGGAGAUGGAGAUCCCAGAGAUCUACAUCGAGUCGCUUCCAAAGAAGGGCAAGACGAGCCUGGGCGACGCCAUCUACCGGAGCAUCACCGACGAGGAGUUUGAUCCGAUCGAGUUCUUGGAAGGGGUGGACCUGUCGACGGAGCACAAGGUGCUGGAUCUCAAGAACCGCAUUGAGGCUUCCACCAUCAUCUGGAAGCGCAAGAUGCAGACCAAGGACACCAAGUCCUCAUGGGGCUCCAUCAUUAGCUUCGAGAAGCGCGAGCAGUUUGAGGAGCGCGCCGAGACCAUCCUCCACCUCCUCAAGCUUCAGUUCCCCGGCACCCCACAGUCACAGCUCGACAUCUCCAAGAUCCAAUACAACAGGGAUGUUGGUUACGCGCUCCUCGAGAGCUACUCGCGUGUCCUAGAGAGCCUGGCCUACAGCGUGAUGUCGAGGAUCGAGGACGUGCUGGGUGCGGACGCGGCGGCCACCAACCUGACGGCGAGCGAGGCGGCGCGGAGGCAGCUGGAGAUGAACGCGCCAAGGAAGCUGGACGCCAAGGAGGAGCUGGAGAAGCUCAACGAGGCGCCAGCGUCCAUGACGCUCUACGACUUCAUGGGAUGGCACUUCGACCAGGACGAGCUCAUGAGGAAGAAGGAAGAGGGCACGCUAGACGAGGCCGGCGAGGCCAUGCUGCUCAAGAAGGCGCCAAGCCUCGCCCCCAAGAAGUUCUCCUACGUGGACAGCCUCGCCGGCGGCGUAAGGAGCCCCUCCGCGCGUCACUGAUCAUCCGCCAUUGUCAUCUCGAGAGAGCUAGCAAGCACAAAUCGAUCAAAACAACACCGGGAGACCAAUCUAUCUAAGAUGGCAUGGCUAUGUACAUAUCUGAGGAAUGCACCUCGAUCGUAUGUAUUGGAGAUCGAUAUUGAAGUGCAGAGAUCGAUCAUCACCGGCUCGAUCUAUCCCAUCAGACUCGUGCAUCCCUACCAUAUACGCACACACAGUAGAUCGAGUAAUUCUUGAGGACGGGACGAAUGAACAAGAUGGUUUGAUCAGCUACA